AUGAAUGCUAUUCGCGCUAGGGUUAGUAUUGAUAUUAGAGAGAAAAGAAAAAUUAAGAAACAAAACGUUGACUUAGAUGCUAUUUUAGAAGAGACAGUAGAUGCUAGGAAUUUUGAUAACCAUUUCCAAACCAUCCAAAGAAGUUUAGGAGAGGCUGAACUCCAAGAAGAGGAAGCAUUGGAAUUGGAAGCGGAAAAUAAAGAAUUAGCGGCCGAGUUGGAGUCCAUUUCAGAGAUAAAGUAUAAUGAGGAGGAAAAACAAUUUUUAGCAGGAGAAAUUACUGAACGGCAAAAGCAAGAAGAAAUCGCUCAGCAAAUUGAAGAAAAACUUAAUGCUAGAUUGUUAAAGAAAAACAAUAAAAUCGGAUUUGAGAAGAAAGUAGAGCAAAUUAAACAGGAAAUCAAAAAGGCCGAAAAUAAUUCUAACUUACAUGUUCAACAAGCCUUUAAACAUGCUAAAAAUAAAGCCGAAGCCUUGUUAAGGGAUUUAGAGAGUAUUGCCAGUGAUAAUUCUAAUACUGCUAAAAACAAUAACUUCCCCACUAGUUGA